CACAUCACUCAUGCAUGCUGGCGAUCAUUCCCAGAUGCCCAAUUCGUCCAGCACCAGCUAACGAUGACAAUAGAACCGAGUUGAAGAUUAUCUCUGGGUCACCAGAACUUUCACACGCACACAAUACACACACACACACACACACCAGUUUCUCCUUCUACUCUCUUUCAAGUAGCACUAGCUUCCACGCACCAUUUUGCGGCCUUCAAUUUUCUACAACAAGCCUUAAAAACAAGCCAAGACGAUUCCCACGUCAUACUUCUUGCUCGCUUGUUCACAACGGGCCAUCUAGCUGAUGGAUGGAGCCGCGGAAUGAGGAGGCGCGGCCACCUCGCAUGCAGCAACCGCAAUCACAAUAUUCGGCCCCAACCUCACACUUCAAUAACACCACUAUAUCUUCUCGCAAUUUCCCUUUGAACCACACCUCCACCCCCUCCACCACCAUCACGACCCCCGAAAGUACCGAUAACAACACCACAGCGGCGGCCGCAGUGGAACAAUCACCGACCUCUGAUGAAGAACCGUCCCCAUGGACCGUCCCACAAACGUCAACAGCGGCAUCAGGAGUAGUCCCCCCUUACUGGCGGCACUAUAGGAACGUCUCCCUGGCAUCACAAACAUCGCUAGACGCCGCCUCCGCGCCGCGGAGGUCGCUUAUACGCCUAGAAGACCACACGGAGGACCCGGCAUGCGAGACGAGUCAGGGCCUCUGGGCGCGUAGCGUGACCAUUGAUGAUUAUAUUGUUGUGAAGGGGGACAAGUCCGGGAUUGGCGCGUAUGUAGUGUGGAUUUGUAAGAUUCAGACGUUGGAGGGAGGUCCCAUGGUGGUUCGGAUGAGAUACUCUGAAUUUGACGACCUGCGUUCCAAACUCGCCGCUGCAUUCCCCCAUGCCAAAUCCGCGCUUCCGCAGCUCCCACCCAAGAGCGCCAUUUUUAAAUUUAGCCCUAAGUUUCUCGAAACGAGACGGGUUGGACUGGCAUACUUUUUGAACUGCGUGCUUCUCAAUCCUGAGUUUUCCGGAUCGCCUAUACUGAAGGAAGUUUUGUUUAGCCAUGUCGGAUAAUCGCUUCGGGCUCUCUCUCUCUCUUUUUUUUCUUGUUUUUCAUUCUUUUUCUUAUACCACUAUUUCCUUUAAUUUGUAUAUACCCUCUCUAGUUCGUUUCCCCUUUAUGAUAGCGAAAUCUGCGUUCCGCAAGAGUCAAAAGAGCGCGUCGUUUCUUUCUUCUUUCUUUCUUUUUUUCUUUUCUUUUCUUUUUUUUUCAGAUUGCUAUAAUUGUUAUUUAAUACUAUUAGGGCUAUAGAUUUCAAUCUGUGGUUAUUAGCUACUAUGAGAGUAUUUUCAUUGAGCAAGAGGUCUCUCUGACUUCCCGCUCUUGGCAAAAUCCAGACCAAUUUUAACUGGCUUAACUACUUAAUCCGCCGACAGUAGUUAGUGUUGGCCGCUGC